AUGGCCUGUAAGCCAGUGACAUUUUUUGCUAUGGAUGUGGCAUGCAAGUACUGGCCUUACCUCCGGAGAGUGACAGAGAAAUGCCCUGAGCUUCAGCAGCUCCUCACCAUGAAGCCAUUUCUUUCUGUUUUUCAUGCCAAAGCUCACGAUUUCAAAUGUGAGGUAAAAUGGAGUGGAGCGUAUCAGGAAGGGGCUGGUUCGACUCUUGGGGAAGAGGUGGAGCAGUGCAAUGCCUUCCUCUCGAGGAUUGCUGUUACCACAAAGCACAUGUCAAAAGCAGGACGCGUAGACAUGCUGACGGUCAUGGCCAUGCGCUGGAACAAACAAAAGCCACAGUAGCCCUGCAAUGCCAGUUGCAUAACCUGGAGGCCAUGAAAACGGAAAUGGACAUCACAGACAAUCAACUGGAAAGCUGGAUCAUUGAUAUCAAUGAGUGGGCAGAAGCAACAACAUCCCCAAAUGAUGCUGACGUUGCUGCUGUAGCCAGCCAAAUUGAGGAGCUGGUGGCAAGUGUUAAGAGAAGGUCUCAGCGUCUUUAUAAAGAUCAUGACGGAUGCAAAGGACGUGCCCGGAUCCGCCGAAAGAUCAGGGAGGAAAAACAAAAUUUAAAUUCUGUAGUGGACAAGUAUAACACCUUGGUACCUAAUGCAGAAAAACUGACCUUGGACACCAUUCUAUCUGAUGAGAUUGUUUGGCCAUGGCAGCUUACACACGGUGAUCUAAGGACGAAAAGGAAGGCGUUUGACACAGUGAUGGCAGUAAGGAGACUUGAGGAGGAGAAGAGGAUUCUUAUUGCAGAGAUGAACAAGCAUUGGAAGUCUCUUUGCACCCGUGCAGACACGCUGAAGCAGAUGUCAUCCCAGCUUUCUAAUGUGACAUCAGGUGAGACGUGGGGCCUGCUUCAAGAUGGGAUCCAAGGUCUACAGAGCUUGACGAUGAAGAACAAACUGAGGACGGCACACAGGAUUAUCAGAGCAGAGAGCAGACAGGCAGGAAGACAGACGGAGAUGCAGAGAGACGGGCCACAUGGACAUGGGUCACCUGUUGUUGCUGCUGCUGCUGCUACCGCGGAGCUCAGUUCAUUUGUCGGUGUGUCCCGCGUGUGA